AUGACCGACCCAAUGAAAACCCUCGACACCUCCGGCCGCCCCAAGCCCACCGGCGUGUCGCAAAAGUCCUAUGCCAUUGCCGGCAUCCAAGUGACCGUCUUCGGACUCGACGAGCUCCGGCCACAAGCCAAAGAUGUGGCAUGUUUGUGGCUGCUGCACCCGCGAUUGGCGACACAAGAACGGAUGACCGGCGUUGCUGAAUCUGCCAUUUCUGACUGGAAUGGCAGAAUUAAGGAUUCUCCGUCGGCCAAGGGCUUGAUAGCCGUUUCUUUUGACCAGCGAAACCAUGGCACACGACUGGUUGAUCCGCUCGCCAACGAGGCCUGGAGACAGGGUAAUCCACGUCAUGCGCAGGAUAUGUUCUCCAUCUUCCAGGGUACUGCGCGAGACACGUCUUUACUGAUGGACUACCUCGCCUCAUUUAUCUUCCCCAAUGGUGAGCAUACCAUCAUCGAGAACCUCGUGCUGGGGGUCUCGCUAGGCGGCCACGCCGCAUGGAGCUGUCUGCUGCAUGACCCUCGGAUUACCGCCGGUGUGGUUAUCAUUGGAUGCCCAGACUACAUCAAUCUCAUGGUAGACCGCGCCCGACUGUCGAAGCUCCCCUCAUGGACCAAAAGCAAUCCACCCGGCGCGGAAAUCCUGGGCUCCGAGGCGUUUCCUGCGUCCUUUGUGGAUAUUGUCAAACAGUAUGACCCCGCUAGUCUGUUUCUGAGUCAGGUCGAUUGCGGAGCAGGAGAGGGACCGUUGCGUGAGGGACCGCUCCCUGAUCCGACAGAGAAGGAGAAGCAGGCUCUGCGGCCACUCUUGACCCGUUGCCUGGCCGGCAAACGGAUUCUGAACCUAUCUGGUGGGGUGGAUAAGCUUGUGCCAUAUCACCGGGGAGAGGAAUUUCUGAAGUGGUUCAAGAAAGCGAUCUCGCCUGACGGGUGGUUCGCGGAUGGUGCAGUGUCUUUUGAGGAUAUUAUCGACCAGUCGGCUGGCCAUGAGGUAACGGCCAAGAUGGUGGACGAGGCCGUUCGUUUCAUCAGCGAGACGCUGGCGGCUGGUCCCAAUGGCGCUGGUCGAAAGGGUUCGGUCCGGGAAUCGAAAAUCUAA